AUGAGAAUAGAUCUCAGAGCACCAGAGGAUCACAUCAAGUUCCUCGACGGCCUGCGAGGUGCUGGUGCGGUCCUCGUUUACUGGCAUCACCAACAGCAUUGGGCCCAUAGACCUGCACUUGCUAUAUACGAACUUGCUUUCGGAUUCCAUUCGCGCUAUCAUUUCAUCACACUGCCCGGAGUCCGGAUUCUCUUCAACGGCGGCCACUAUGCCGCCGCUGUUUUCUUUGUGAUCUCGGGCUAUGUCCUAUCAACCCGGCCCCUAGAUCUGAUCACGAGUCAGCGACAAGGUGCAUUGGCAGCUUACCUUUCCGGUGCGCUCUUCCGACGAUGGACACGCCUCUAUCUGCCUCUCAUAGCCACCACCUUUCUUUAUAUGACCCUGUGGCAUGUCUUCGGCCUUCAGAUCCGUGGCGCAUACCCGCAGGAUAGCUGGUCCCAGGAGCUGAGGGUAUGGUCCAGGGAAGUCAAGGAAUUCGGCUUCCCAUUUGCGAGGCUCGAAUCUCCAUAUCUCAGUUACAAUUCCCACCUUUGGUCUAUCCCGGUAGAAUUCAAAGGAUCGCUAGUCAUCUAUGCGGUGCUUCUCGCACUAUCGAGAUCUUCUCGCCGGGCACGAAUAUCCUGUCAACUGUUUUUGAUGCUCUAUUUCAUGUAUGCCGUCCAGGAUGGAUGGUACCUUGCCUUGUUCAUGUCCGGAAUGUUGCUGCGAGAGAUCGAUGUAUUGGAAAACGAAACACACCUUUACACGAUAUGGAACCGGCCCCCCACAACAGCAUACAUCUUAUCAGCCGCUCUUUGUUGCAGUUUGUAUCUUGGUGGAGUACCUCACUGUCCCGACAUGGACUGUGUCCAAAUCAAUCCCGGAUGGAAACUUCUCUCCCGGCUUGUGCCCCGGGUUGAAGUCGCCUAUGAUCCGAAAUGGCACUUUCUGCUCCCUGCCGCAACUCUCCUCAUUUUUUCCGUCAGACGAGUGCCUCGACUGAGGUCCAUCUUCGAACAUAGGAGUUUCCAAUGGCUGGGCCGCAUAUCAUUCGGGAUAUACCUGAUUCACGGGCCUGUGAUGUUCGUUUUCGCGGACACGCUGUACAUGAUUGUGGGAUGGAGAGACAGAGGCCCUCCGCUUCAUCCUUCGUUGAAUGGGCUGGCCAAUUUCUUUCCACUGCCAAGUUCAGGGCCUUUAGGCUUGGAAAUUGGGUUCAUCGUCCCUCAAAUUAUCCUAGGGUGUCUGACCCUGGGGCUUGCAGAGCUUGUUACUCGGGCAGUGAUCAGACCGAGUGUGGAGUUUGCUAGUUGGCUGUAUCUUCAAACACUUGCCACUGAGAAGGUUGAGUGA